AGCAGGCGCUGGCCAGUUAUGAAACAACAUAAACAAGUUAACGAACAGGAGCAAAAACACAAGGGUUCAUCAAAACUUUGAAAAAUUGUAACAUUUCUUAACUGACGAACUUAAAGGAGAAAAUGUCUGUCUUGUUGACAGUGUUGGUCGGUGUGCUUGCUGCCUACAUAUUGAUUUAUUACUGCUUGUUUAAAGGAGCCAGAUAUAAGGGUAACGCGACGUUAAAUGGGAAAACAGCAAUCGUUACAGGUAGUAAUACAGGCAUUGGCAAAACCACUGCUUUGGAUCUGGCCAAAAGAGGAGCCCGAGUGAUCCUCGCCUGCCGAAACAAAGAGAGAGCUGAAGCUGCAGUGUAUGACAUAAGAAAGGAAAGUGGGAACUCCGAGGUUCUGUACAUGCACCUGGACCUGGCCAGCUUAAAGUCUGUGCGGGAUUUUGCAGAAAACUUUCUGAAGACAGAACCGAGGCUCGACCUGCUCAUUAACAAUGCUGGUCUUAUUGCAUCGGGCAGAACUGAAGAUGGUUUUGGCAUGGCGUUUGGUGUCAACCACCUGGGCCACUUUCUGCUGACGCUUUUGCUGUUGGAUCGGCUGAAGCAGUCGGAGAGCAGUCGUGUUGUCAACGUGUCUGCCCUGCUGCAUCGCCUGGGCUCUCUGGAUUUCAACCUCCUCAACACGCAAAAGGAUCUGGUCACGGGUCAGUCAUACUGGCACGCCAUCAGAGCCUACUGCCACAGCAAACUAUGCAAUGUGCUCUUCACCCGAGAGCUCGCAAACCGAUUGGAAGGCACGAGUGUCACUUGCUAUUGCAUGCAUCCAGGUGUCAUAUCCACCGAAAUAGGAAGGUAUAUGGGUCCGCUACAGAAACUGCUUUGCCUGCCCAUGUCGAAGCUGUUUUUCCUGGACCCCGAGGCAGGUGCGCAGACCACGCUUUACUGUGCUUUGCAGGAGGGCCUGGAGCCUCUGAGUGGACGCUACUUCUCAUCUUGCGCUCUGCAAGAAGUUGGUGCUUUGGGACGGGAUGAUGCUCUGGCCAGGAAGCUUUGGGACGUGAGCGAGAGACUGUGUGGCCUGUCCUGAAUGAGCUCACACAGGUUUGUGGAUCAGUAGAACCAAACAGAAAUAAAGAAAGAAAAAGAUGAGGUGUGUAGUUUAUGUAGUUCUCUCCUCAUUUACCAAAUCAUGCAUAGCUGAGGCAAACUGGUUUUUAUGUUUGGUAUAUGUGAUCCGGGACCACAAAACUAGUCUUAUGAGUCAGAAUUAUGGAUUCUUGUGUAAAAAAAUCAUUGGAUUCAAUGAAGAAAUUUAGUAAAUAUAAAUGUAUUAGCUCAAUUUUGAUUGGUAUUGUGCAUUGCUAAGCACUUUUAUUUACACUUUAUACGCGACUUUAAGACUAAUUUUAAAGGCUAUUUUUCUUAUUAUUUUGAUUUAUCAUUUAUAUAUUUGAGCUUUCAGAUUGCAGAUUUUCCACUAGUUGUAUCUCAGCCAAAUAUUCUCCUUAUAUUUCUUAAGCUUUCGGGUGACGUAAUCUAAAAAACAUUGACACGCAUAACUGGUUUUGUGAUCCAGAGUCCCAUGUAUUGCUUUAUAAUAUAUCAUUGCUUUAUUUUAAUACAAUAGCUGUUAAUUCGGGAUGCGUAUUUUACUUUUGGUUUAUGCAUUUCUGAUUUGAGUUUGUAAUACUAUUAGGUCCAUUAGUUAACAUUAGUGAACACACAAACAGCAUUAUUAGUUAAUUUUAGCUCGGUCCGGUAAAUAACAUUGCUGACAUAUUUUUAUUCAAAUCAAAAGUAGAAUUAAGUGUUGAAAUUUAAUGUUAACUAAGAUUAAAUGCUUUACAAUAUUUUUUUAUGUUAACUAAAGUAAAAUGAGCCUUAUUGUAAAGUGCUGCCACAUUUUUUUAUACAUUUCAAUGCUAUUUUAUUGUAAUCAAAGUAAAACACUAACAUCAGUUGUUCUACAUGCUACAAGUAGUUAGGCAUAACAGUAUUACCAUCUCUAAUGAUCAAAAAUCUUGCAAGAAGCAAAUUAGCCAAUUUUACUAUGGUACAAAACUAUCAUGCAUUCCUACUUUAACCAACAGUAUGUAUAUAAUAUAUUCAUACAAUCAGGAUCAGUAACCAGUUAUUGUCUCUUAUUUGUGACACCUAUAUUGCUUUUGUUGAAAAUAUUUAGAGGUGAAUCAGAGGUGCAGUUUUGUAUUCUCUCACUGCACUCGAUGGCUCUAAAAGCUUUGCAUAUUUCUUAGUAGGCUUUCAUGACAUUGUUAUUGCCAGCUUCCUGUUUGAGGCUGUGUUUGUUUGUUCGUUUUACUAUAUUUCUGUCUAGCUAUUGAUAUGUGUAUUGUUCUACAUAUCUACCAUUCUAUAUCUGCGUAUACAUUUGUUUUGUUUGUCAUUUCAUUGUUCUUUUUAUCUAUUGUACUAUCUGUCAUUUAGUUGAUCGUUCUCUCUGUCUGUCUGUCUGUCAUUCUUAAAAAAAACUAUCUUUUUUUUGUCUCUUUCAUUAUAGCGGGACUAUCGUUAUUAAAGUAUGAAUACAUUUA